GUUUUGAACUGCUGCUUUACUGCGGUUAUUUCAAGAGUCUGGUAGCAUUCUAGCGGCGGUCUUUGCGUGGAGUGUACAUACAGUUAAAAUAAAGUCAACACAAACAAAAACGAGGCAUACUCAGGCCAUAAUGGAAGACUACUUGAAAAUAGAGAAGAUUGGAGAAGGUACAUAUGGGGUUGUGUAUAAAGGCAAGCACAAGGCCACAGGGCAAAUUGUGGCUAUGAAGAAGAUCCGUCUGGAGAGUGAGGAGGAGGGGGUUCCCAGCACAGCUGUCAGAGAAGUUUCUCUGCUCCAGGAGCUGAAACAUCCCAACGUUGUACGACUCCUGGAUGUUCUGAUGCAGGAUUCUCGUCUCUACCUCAUCUUUGAGUUCCUGUCCAUGGACCUGAAGAAGUACUUGGACUCCAUCCCCUCCGGUCAGUACAUGGAUCCGAUGUUGGUCAAGAGCUACCUUUACCAGAUAUUGGAGGGCAUUUACUUCUGUCACUGUCGCCGAGUCCUCCAUCGUGACCUGAAACCCCAGAAUCUGCUGAUUGACAACAAGGGAGUCAUCAAACUGGCAGACUUUGGUUUGGCUCGGGCCUUCGGUGUUCCCGUCAGGGUCUACACCCAUGAGGUUGUCACUCUUUGGUACCGGGCUCCAGAGGUUCUGCUGGGUUCACCCCGAUAUUCCACCCCCGUUGAUGUUUGGAGCACUGGGACAAUCUUUGCUGAACUUGCUACUAAGAAGCCUUUAUUCCAUGGAGACUCUGAAAUAGACCAGCUCUUCAGGAUCUUCAGGACUCUGGGAACCCCAAACAAUGACAUGUGGCCUGAUGUGGAGAGCCUACCAGACUACAAAAACACUUUUCCUAAAUGGAAGUCUGGCAACCUCCCGUCUAUGGUGAAAAACCUGGAUAAGAAUGGCGUAGAUCUACUGGCGAAAAUGUUGGCUUACAAUCCCCCCAAACGCAUCUCUGCUCGCGAGGCUAUGACCCACCCUUACUUUGAUGACUUGGACAAAUCCACCCUACCGUCUGCCAGCAUCAACAAAAUCUAAAGCACAUACUGACCUUACAUAUUAACACAUUCAUACAUUUGUGAUAUAUUCUGUAAAUACUUCUUUGUGUACCUGUGUGAGUGUCAAUCUUCAAUAAAAACGGCACUUUGUGUAA